GGUGAAGAGGGAAGGCUCUGACCGUGGCCCGAGGCUGUCACCCUCCCAUGGUCUUGAUGGGUGGCCCAGCUGACUCCCAUCCAGCCCUGUGCUUCUCAAAGCCCGAGUGCUGUGCUGGGGCCACAGGGAGGCUUAAGGUCAGGGCACCUGCCCCUGGGGCUGUUGUUAUAUGAGGACCAGGCCCACACCCGGGUGGAAGGCACACAUGCAGAUGCUUUAGAGCCGACACAGGUAUUCCUAUGGGGCUGGGCACCCGGCUGGCCUCUUUGAGAUAGAUGGCCCUCCCCUGCCAUGGGGAUCUGCCCAGGGAGCUGGGAAAGCAGCUACCCUGGUCCCUGGGCUUCUGGACACCGGGGCCUAGUGGGGGUGCCUCAUGGGGAGGACGAGGACUAGAGACCCCAAGGGACGCCCUCCAGCCUAGGAAUUGACAGCCUCCUGGUGGAGCCUGGUGGUCUGGGUUGAGACCCGGAUUCCCCAGGGCUGGCCGGGAGGUCAGUGGGGUGGGUUACAGCUGCAGUCUGGUGAUCUCUGCAAGUUCUGAAGUGAGGCUGGUUCCAGACGUGUGGGCGGAGGGCUCUUCCCCGUGCCUGCAGCCCCGGAGCCUUUCUGCCUGAGGCAGAUGUUGCUAAGGACGCCCAGGCCUUGUACCAGCUGGAGCCCCACAGUAUGGAGUCCUUGGGCACGUGAGGACAGCCUCUCUCUGGCUGGGUCACUUCACCUGGUCUCCAUGGCCUGCAGCCGGUGUAGGGUUACACAGGAAGAUGGAAAACAGCAGGAUUCCGGGCCCUGCUGGAGGAUCAGGUGCAGGGAGCUGCUGCAAGUUUAAUGACCUGAUGCUAAUUGCUGCCUCUGCAGGCCAGCACCCAGCCCACCCUGGCCAGAGCCUGGACGUGCUUCCUGUCUAGCAGCCAGCUCCCGAGUUCCUGGUGACGCCUGUCAGCAGCUGUGUGUGGGCAGCCAGUGGGAACAGGGAGGGAGGACUGCCAGGCUCCACCUUCAGAGCAUGGAGAAGCCUUGUCCUCGCCCCUUGGUGUCCAGCCGAGGGUGGCGGGCUUCGGGCACACCCGCGCGUGUAAGAGAGAACUGGCCGGAAGGAGGAAGGGAGCUGUCCCUUGGCUCUUACCCUUCUCCCGAAGAGGCAGACACUUCCUGUGGCCAGCCCGGCGUGUAGUGACAGCUGGCCCUCACUGAGACCAAUCUGGGCAGAGUCCUGGCCCCGCCCUAAUCCUUACCACCCUGUGGCAUGGGUGUGGAUACAGCUGGGGUCAGAGGGAGGCCCUCUGAGGCCCGGAGGUGGCCCUGCUGCUGCCUUGUGUGGGCUGGGGACUGGCCCUUCCCCUAAGUGGCCGCCCGAUGCCACUUCAGAUGACCGAAGGAGGGUGUGCAGGUGCACGCUCACACCUGCUGUCUCCGCUCUCCAGCCUGUGCCGUUUCCGGCCUCUUCAGCUGCAUAACCAUCCACCCCCUGAACAUCGCAGCUGGCGUGUGGAUGAUCAUGAACGCCUUCAUCCUGUUGCUGUGUGAGGCGCCCUUCUGCUGCCAGUUUGUGGAGUUUGCAAACAAGGUGGCCGAGAGGGUGGACCAGCUGUGCUCCUGGCAGAAGGCUGUCUUCUACUGCGGGAUGGCUGUCAUCCCCAUCAUCAUGAGCCUGACCCUGACCACGCUGCUGGGCAAUGCCGUUGCCUUUGCCACCGGGGUGCUGUAUGGACUCUCCGCCUUGGGCAAAAAGGGUGACGCCAUCUCCUAUGCCCAGAUCCAGCAGCAGAAGCAGCAGGCGGAUGCGAAGUUGGCGGAGACUGUGGAGGGAGAGCUGUGAUGAGGGUUGUGGG